AUGGCCCUUGUCAACUGCAAGCGCCCGUACAUCAAUGCUGGUAAAGGUAGUGAUGAAGCAAAGUACCAGAAGAUCAUUGCAGAAUCGAUUGCUGGCCGGGUCACUCCUGGAGAAUCUGGACCUUGGGAGCAAGACGCUGUACAGUAUGUUCAGAGACCUCCAAGAGCCUACCAAGCCAACGGUGUCAACCUCUGGGAUAACAGUAGCUGGCAGAAGGCACAGAAGUGCGCGAAGUCUAUAGAGACGUACUUCGGUGUCACCUUGUACGAGCUUAACGACGGCACGAAGUGGAUUGGCGCAGAAUAUUCUACGCCGGAGAACUUUGAUCGCAAUGGCGUCUUCGCAUUCUGCAAGGAGCGUCUCCAGAGAAUGCGUGGAAAGUGUAACAAGAAGUGGCAGACCAUGGAUACUGAGCAGACGCUGUAUCGAGAGAUACUGUUUCAGUACUGCUGCUCUCACACAACGAAUCCUGCACUUCAGGACCUCAAGAGAUAUGGCGACCGCCUCAGCCUGCCCUUGGUCCUUUUCAAGCAUUCGCCAUUGAGACUCAGCGUGGCACACAGAGUACAUGGCUCAGGUAUGUCUAGUGGCUGGGUCUCUGACAACGCCACGGACGUACAGGAGCGCAUCGAUAAUGACAAGGCUAACAACAUGUUGAUUGAGUCUUGGUACGUCAACGCAGCAAAGCAGGACAUGGCCGAAGACUACUACGAUGAGCUCGACAAUAUCUUGUGUUCAGCCAAGAUCACAGACACCGCCAUCUAUAAUCCCGGCACAGUGCCACCCGCCACCCCAAGUGUCAAGCCCUCCAUCAAAGAGCUUCCAGUCACCGACGAGUUCGCAGGAGCGCAAUUCAAUCAAGCCGAUGUGGACGAGGACAGCAAGACACCUUCUGCUGGCCAAGUCAGCACUCCCAUCGGUGGCCACGGAGACUCCGAAGCUCCAGAGACUGCUGAAGGCAAUCUUGGAGGCGAUCAGGAACCACGUACAGGUGUACCAGAGGAAUUUGAGCCAAGCUUAGUUCCUGGUGCUGACAGCGAAGAGCUCAAUCAAGCCGUGAGUGGAUUGUACGGAACUAUUCUCAAAUCGGAAGCCCUUGCAAAUCAAUUGCAGCACGACCCAGCGAUGCGUCGAAUGCUGAGCAACUUGCAGCAAAUGGCAGAUGAAGGCAACCAAGAAGGUUUCGACAUGUGCCUCGGUCAGAUCUACGAGGUCUACGUCGGACCCGCACAGCAAGGCGAUAUGGCUUAA